UUUAGGGAUAAAAUGUUCAAAAUCCUAAACUUUGAAGGGGCAAUAUGUACAUCAUCCUCUUGAUCAAAUACAAAACAGUGCACCUCUUUGCGAUUUCUCUUCAGAGUUGAUAAGGCGGCACUGAAAAUGGCAUCUACUCCAAGCUCUACCCUAUCUCCUCUUUAUGAAAAAUCCAACUUCUUUUGCAAAUUCACUUUCCCCCUCAAACUUUACUCCAAAUCCAAAUUCACCCCCCAAGUUUCACUUCAAGAACAACCCCAAAUAAAAAACGUUUCUUCUACAAAAAGCAAGCUUUGGGUCAACCCCAAAAGCCCAAGAGCUUCAGAACUGAAACGAAAAUCUUAUGAUUUCAGGUAUGCUUCAUUAGUGAAAGUAGCUGAGAAUUUAGAUUCUUGUAACCCUGUAAAAGAUGAUGUUUUUACUGUUUUAUCUGGUUUGAUGAGUGACAAAGUAAUAGUAGUAGAACAAGAUGCUGUUGUUACUUUGAAUAACAUGUCUAAUGCUGAAACUGCAUUGUUGGCUUUGAAAUACUUUCAAGAAAAGUUGAAAUUGAGUAAAGAAGUGAUUAUUUAUAAUGUGACUUUGAAAGUUUUGAGGAAAAAUAAGGAUUUGGAGAGAGCAGAGAAGGUGUUUGAUGAAAUGCUUGAGAGAGGGGUGAAACCUGAUAAUGUUACGUUUUCGACGAUUAUUAGUUGUGCUAGGCAAUGUAAUUUGCCUGAGAAAGCGAUAGAAUGGUUUGAGAAAUUGCCGUCUUUUGGAUGUGAACCCGAUGAUGUUACGUAUUCGGUGAUGAUUGAUGCUUAUGGUAAGGCUGGUAAUGUAGAUAUGGCGUUGAGUUUGUAUGAUCGUGCGAGAACGGAGAAGUGGCGUAUAGACGCUGUGACGUUCGCGACGCUGAUUAGGAUUUAUGGUUCGGCGGGGAAUUUUGAUGGGUGUUUGAAUGUGUAUGAGGAAAUGAAAGCGCUUGGCGUAAGGCCUAAUAUGACUGUGUAUAACAGUUUGUUGGAUGCUAUGGGAAGAGCUAAGAGACCGUGGCAGGCAAAGAACAUUUAUGCGGAAAUGAUAAGCAAUGGGUUUGAACCAAGUUGGGGUACUUAUGCUUCACUCAUUCGGGCCUAUGGUAGGGCUCGUUAUAGUGAAGAUGCUCUUAAAAUCUAUAAAGAAAUGAAGGAGAAGGGAUUGGAGCUGAGUGUCGUACUGUAUAAUACUCUUUUGGCAAUGUGUGCUGAUGUGGGACUUACAGAUGAGGCUGUUAAAAUUUUCGAGGAGUUGAAAGGCUCGGGGACUUGCCAACCUGACAGCUGGACGUACUCUUCUCUAAUCACUAUAUACUCUUUUAGUGGGAAGGUCUCGGAGGCGGAGGCCACAUUGGACGAGAUGAUGGAAGCAGGGUUUGAUCCAAAUAUCUUUGUACUGACCUCACUCAUUCAGUGUUAUGGAAAAGCAGGUCGGACAGAUGAUGUCGUAAGAACAUUCGACAGACUGUCAGAUUUGAGAUUAUCUGCCGAUGAGCGGUUUACUGGUUGUCUUCUUAAUGUGUUGACACAAACAGCAAAGGAAGACCUUCAUAAGCUGACUAUCUGCCUUGAUAGGGCAAAUCCGAAGCUUGGGCAUGUGGUGAAACUCCUGGUGGAUGAAGAGGUUGUCGAAGAAGAAGGGGAUUUUAAGAAACAUGCUGCUGAACUUUUGGAUUGUGUAACUAUUGAUGUCCGGAAAGCUUACUGCAACUGUUUGAUUGACAUCUGCGUCAACCUUAAUAAGUUGGGGAGAGCUUGUGAGUUGUUAGAUAUUGGGCUAACUCUCAACAUCUAUACUGAUAUUAUGUCUCGGACUGCAACUCAAUGGUCUUUACAUUUGAAGAGCCUCUCACUUGGGGCAGCUUUGACAGCAUUGCACAUCUGGAUGGGUGACUUGAACAAAGCACUUGAAAAUGGGGAGGAGUUCCCGUCACUGCUUGGAAUCAACACAGGACAUGGAAAACAUAAAUAUUCUGAGAAAGGUCUAGCAGGCGUAUUUGAGUCACACCUUAAGGAAUUGAACGCUCCAUUCCACGAGGCACCUGAUAAGGCUGGGUGGUUUUUGACUACAAAGGUUGCAGCUACAUCAUGGUUGGAGUCUAGACGUGCUCAAGAGGUGGUUGCUGUUUAGCAGUGGCUGAGGGUUCUUUGCUCUCUGGCCUUGAUGAUUCUUGUGCUACAGAGAUUUUGUACUCUUAGAUCUGAAAGGUACCUUUCGUAGAUUAUUCAUUCUUUAGGAUACCUCUUCUUUCUAUGUUGGGAGUUUUGAAUUGAGUCCAGUAGCUAUCCAAGUAUAUCUCUUGCAAUCAGCAAUAGAAAAAGAAUUUGAGGAAAAAAUGAAUGUGAUAUCAUAUUAAUAUU